AUGUCCAUACUUUCAGAGGAGGACGAGUUGUUGUUUGCGGAGGCGCGGGAGGCGCAGCUGACGCGCAAUGAGGCGGUGCAGAUCAUCAUGUCGGAUGUCCCGCACGCCGUGCUGCACGGCGCCUUCAUCCGGGUUCUGCUGGAGCUGCAGGACCACCGCGAGGACUACAUCGUGGCCCGCGUUGGCGCAGUUGCCACGGGCGACGUCUACGGCGGCUUCUCCACCAACGCGAACAUUAGAACCGACCACUACCUCGUGCUGCAGCUGCCGCCGUACCUGGCGCAGAUCAACGGGACGCAGUACCAGCUGAACAGCAUCAGCAACUCCGCCAUGACGGAGGCGGAGUUUGCGCGGUGGUUAGAGAUGACGCGCGUCACCGCGCAGGCGCCGCCGCCGUCGUCAUCGUCGUCGUCGUUGUUGUGCGGCGCCGAGGGGGCUGCGGCGGCCGGGGGGCCGGUUCCGACGCGGCAGGAGCUCGCCAACGUCUCCCGGCGCCUGCGCGGUGUUCUCGCCGGCGGGGCGCGGCACGGGGCGGCGGGCGUGCACCGUCAGCGGCGGCCCAGCCAGCCCCAGUGCCCGCAGCCGCACCAGCCCUGCGUGGCGCCGCCGAACCCCCCCGACGGCGCGCAGCGGGCGCUCUCCGCGUCGCAGCGGCAUCUCACCCCGCACCCCGGCGGGGGCCUCCGCGCCUCCGUCUCCGCGGAGUUCCUGGCAGACCCUGCGCCCCACAACGGCGCCGUGGCUCAGUUCAAGCGGCAGGGCACCAUGGCCUCGCUUAACGCCGCCGCCGCCGCCACCAACAACAGCAAUUGCAGCAACACUAGUACUAACAAUAAUAACAAUAAUGAUAGCAGCAACACCAGCAGGGCUGAGGUCGGCGGCGGUGGUGGGAAACCGCCCUUAUUCCACGGCACCGUCUCCCCGCGACCCCUGCCGACCCACGCCCAAAGCGUCGUGGAUCUCACCGUGGCGGAGCGGGAGUUUGAGCUCCCGACGCGCCGGCAGAUCCGGCAGGACAUCAUCAACAAAAUGAGUCAGACCAGCGUGCUGUUUCCGACGAACAUCAAUGAGCUGAAGGUUUCGCAGCUGCGGCUGACGGAGCGUGACAUGAUCGAGUACCUGGAGCACGUGCGCGAGGUCAUCUCGAGUAAGCAGGAUAACUGCGUGGUCUGCAUGGACCACGUCCCGACGGUUAUCUCGCUGCCGUGCCGUCACAAGGUGCUCUGCAGGUUGUGUGCCCCGUCGGUGAACACCUGCCCCGUGUGCCGCAGCCAACUGUUUGAGCUCUUCGAGCCGAAGGAGAUCUAG